UAAGAUCUCACUGCGGCUUAGGUCCAGGUUUCUCGAAUAGCUGAGAGUUUAUCUACUCGUGUACUCCGCCAUGUCGUCACCCGCACCAGCACUUGGCUCUACUAGCAUUGAAGUUACGACUCUCGUCCCUAUCCAAGCCAUGACUAAGGAAGCCAACCAGCAGAUUAGAGAUCCUCAUAAGCACUACCUGUUUGUCCCAAUCUUGCACGGUGCCCCGACCCCCUCACGCCUCACCAACCGAGAUAGACAGCAGCAUCUCCUUACCUCCGGCAACGACAACCUCAUGUCCACUUUCGGCUAGUCCAUCGACGACAGCGACAUGCCUGUAGUCACGCCACCAUACACAACGCUCAACGGUAUGAUUCCCUCGGCUAGAAAACGCUUACAGUACGGUCCCUCCGCAUCGUUCCACCGCUCGAGCAACUGACCGCACGCGCGCUGGCCAAAUCCAAUACGAGCUUUGCUUCAGGACUGUUCGUUAGCAACGAUAAGUCUGCAGAAUGUAGCCCAGUCUUCCUCUGCCAGGGUCGGCGCCAGUCGUUAUCCUGGUAUUGAUCGGGGCGUUUUGGUCUGUUUUGGUACGCUUUUUGCACUAUGAGGUGAAUGGGUCUGAAGGCAAAGAUAAGGAGGACGGACUGGAACCAGUGCGCGAGUAGGUUGGGAUGGCUGAGGUGUGUACGUGUCCACUGCUCUUGGCGAGAAAGUUCGUUGUCGCCGUCGCGAGAUUGUGGGACGUUGAG